CCACGGGGGUAAGUGGAACGCCGCUGGCCGCUCAUCUUCGAUGUCUGCAUCACAGCCCACAAGCCGGAACCGCGUCGCCUUGCCGGGCUUGGGCUUUUGCCAAAGGCCCGCUGACCCACAUUCUUAUCUAACGCGGCAGUAGCUAAGCUAACAAGCUAGGCGGCUAGCCUUGGCUGAAAGUAGGUUGACGCUCGCUUCUGUAGAAAUUGACGCGUCGCUUUUUCUUCUUUUAAACUCCUCCGUUUCACCGGGACGAGAAAGCGACGAGUUUUAUCUUAACGCCGCACGAGAGAUACCCUGAGAAGUUGCCGACAAAUGUAAAGAGGAAGACUUGACCCGUGAUCUGGACAGCUGCGCUAAGGUGGCGCAACGUAGAAGAGGUCAAAGAUUCCGAUGUCGCUGCCAUGUGUCAGAUUGCAACGCCGAGUCGACGCCAAGACUUUUCGGCAGCUUUCGACGCGCUGAUGAUCCAGGGCGCCGCCGGUGCCCGCGGCCACCUUCCACCGUCUUCAUCGACUUUCCUCAUCCUCUCUCCGGACCGGCUCGGCUGUCCGUAAGGUAUAUUCACAGAUGUCUUCCUCACGAUUGAAAGACCCCAUCUGACAUGAUAACCCUGAAAAGGAUCAAAAUGACCACAAGCAUUGAUCAGGAUGACGGAAGCAUUUUUGGGUUAAUGGACGACGAUGAGAAGGACAAAGCGAAACGCGUGUCCCGCAAUAAGUCGGAGAAGAAGCGGCGAGAUCACUUCAACAUCCUCAUCAAGGAGCUGGGCACCAUGUUGCCGGGCAACACUCGCAAGAUGGACAAGUCCACCAUUUUGCAGAAGAGCAUCGACUUCCUGCAGAAACAACAAGAAAUCUGCGCAGAGUCCGGGUCGACGGAGAUCAGACAGGACUGGAAGCCUCCGUUUCUUAGCGACGAGGAAUUCACGCAGCUGAUGUUGGAGGCGCUGGACGGCUUCUUCCUCGCCAUCACGACCGACGGCAACAUCAUCUACGCCUCGGAGAGCGUCACGUCGCUGCUGGAGCACCUCCCCUGCGAUCUUGUGGAUCAGAACCUGUUGAACUUCCUGCCCAGAAGGGAGCACUCGGACGUCUACAAGCUGCUAUCCUCGCACGUCGCCGAAGGAGAGACGUUGACGCCUGAAUAUCUGAAGACCAAGAACCAGCUGGAGUUCUGCUGCCACAUGCUCCGAGGGACAAUGGACCCCGAGGAGCCGCCUGUGUAUGAAUACGUCAAGUUUAUUGGCAAUUUCAAGUCCCUAAACAAUGUGCCUAACUGCACUCCAAACGGAUUCACCGGGACCGUCGUUCAGCGAUCCCUCCACUCGUCCUUUGAGGAGCAGCUGUGUCUGGUGGCCACCGUGAGGCUCGCCAAACCCAAAUUCAUCAAGGAGAUGUGCACUGUCGAGGAGCCCAAUGAAGAAUUCACCUCCAGACACAGUUUAGAGUGGAAGUUUCUCUUCUUGGACCACAGAGCUCCGCCUAUUAUCGGUUACCUGCCGUUUGAGGUCCUGGGCACAUCCGGUUAUGACUACUACCACGUGGACGACCUGGACACGUUGGCUAAAUGCCACGAGCAACUUAUGCAAUACGGCAAAGGGAAGUCGUGUUACUACCGAUUCCUCACGAAAGGGCAGCAGUGGAUUUGGCUCCAGACUCACUACUACAUCACCUACCACCAGUGGAACUCUCGGCCCGAGUUCAUUGUCUGCACUCACACUGUUGUCAGCUACGGGGAAGUGAGAACAGAACAGCGGCGAGAAUCGGGGUUGAGAACGUCGACACCGGAGAUGGCGGCAGAUAAGCAAACGCACGACUCGGAUGUGGAGUCGCAGCACAACGGCUCCGACCUCCAGGAAGCGCUAGAAAGCCUCGAUGACAGGAUGACACCCUCGGCGUCAUUGCGCAGUUUGCGGAAAUCCUUGCACGCGGCGCCGUCGGAGGCCUCUUCAUCUCAAGCGAAGCUCCAAGGAGGCCAGAAUGUGCCGGGUCACCAGUUGGCAUCUAACGCAGGCGUGGCGGCGCAAAGAAGAUUGUCAGUCGGCAGCCAGCAGUCGGUGAGCUCCCAAAGCACAGUCCAGACGACAUCGAUGGUUUCGCAACAAGUUCAGACUGAUACCCAAGCGUCAUCGGCUCCGUUUUCCAACCAGCUGGAUAGCAUGCAGCACGUGAAGAAGCAACUGGAGCAGCGCACUCACGCCAUCGAGAGCAGCAUCCAGCGGCAGCUGGAUGAGCUGUGCAAGAUCCAGCAGGAGCUGCAGAGGGUGCAAGAGCAGAGCCUGCAGAUGUUUGUGCAGAACGGUGCCGUCAAUAUGGCCGCCGUGCAGGUGGCCCCCCGGGCGCCCCCCGUGCUCACCAUGCAGGGCCAAGUGGUCUCGGCCGGCCCUCUGCAGACCUCCAUCCAACAUCAUGCGGUCCAGGCCCAACAGAACACAGCCAUGGCACAGCCCCCGCCGGCGGCGUCUCUGUACAACACGCUGAUGAUCCCGCAGCAAAACGCCGCCAACGUGCUCCAAAUCGCCAGCAGCCUGCCGCCCAACACGGGCACCACCACUCCCACCAUAACCUUCACGCAGGACCGCACCGCCCAAAUAAGGUUUCCGGCUGCCCGCCAGCUGCUUACCAAGCUGGUGACGGGCCAGAUGGCGUGCGGGGCGGUCAUGGUGCCGUCCACCAUGUUUAUGGGUCAAGUGGUGACAGCGUUCGCCCCCCAGCCGGGCCCCACGCAGACCAUAAGCAUCGCCCAGCAGCCCGCCCAGCACCAACAGCAGCAAGAGCAACAGGCUCAGCGGCUGAUUCACGGAAGUCAGUUGAUCCUGCCGGCGGGGGCCUUCUCGUUGCAGCAGGCGGGAGCUUUUGCCGCCGCCGCCAACCAGCAGAAACAACAGCCGCAUACCCACAGGACGGACAAUUAGACCAGUCACAUGGGGGGGGGGGGGGACCCUUUGGCUGCAUCGGCGCCCGGAAGAGGCGUUGCUCCAUCACUUUAUGCCAGGGAUCCCCCCCAGACUGUUUCACCCCAAUCAAAUAGGCUAUCCGUUGCCAUAGCAACCACUUUACAGGAGUAGUCUAUAACUUGUUACAACUAACACGUUGUGACCCAAUUAAAAUGGACCUAUGGCCCAUUUUCGGGCCCCCGGCCCACAGUUUGAGGAACCCUGCUUUAUGCAAAAGCUCUCGCGAAAUCCUUUUUUUUCCCUCACCCCCGAUUAACUAUUUUUAUGGAAAGUGCUCUAGAUUGGACUUUGAACUACUGUACUGAUGGUCAUGUGUAAUAUAUAAUGUAAAUACUUAUCGGGAGGAAAGAAGUGCUAUUUUAUAUGAUGUGUGAGGGUGAAUAUGCUCUUUUUCUAGUGUUGUACGAAGACAAUUCCGCUGACAAUCCUCGAAAUUUGCCAAAAAUUAAAUGUGGUGCUAUAUAUAUAUAUAUAUAUAUAUGUAUGUGUAUAUGUAUGUAUAUAUAUAUAUAUUUAUGUAUAUGUAUAAAAUUAAUAACAGUCCUCAUAUCCACCAUCUUCUUUAUGGUUUUUCGUGCUACUACUUCUGGUUAUCUCAUCCUGCAGUUUAAAAAAAACAAACAAAGCGUACAGCUUCUCCAUCAUGCUUCAAAUAAAGUUACCGUGUCUCUCAAACCGAGGAA